GCUGAUUGUCACCACCGUGCUUGUUUGUCAUACGCAUGAUGGAUGUUGGUCUGUCACACAGAAAUGUCAGAGGCCACUGAAUGGCACUGAGCUGGAGACGCUUUGACUUGGAGGCUCUGGAGACAAUGGAGGCUGGACAGUAGACUGCAGAAUUGAGGCAACAUGCAGCACACCUCCUGCACCGAGGACAGGAUUCAGCAUGCUCUGGACCGGUGUCUGGAUGGGCUCAGGCAAAGCCCCACAGCAACACACCAAUGGGAUGUGCUAAUGUGCUCAGCGGGUCAGGCAAUGAACCGUUGGAGUUUGGAGGAGCUGGUCAAAAGGGACCCGGAGAACUUUAUCAUCCUUUUGCAGCAAAUCUUGAGAAAGACCAAAGAGGUACAGGAGAGGUGCCAGUACGAGCUGGUGGCUCCACUUGCCAUCAUGUUCACCUCCACACUCUUGCAGAUGCCAUACUGUCCGCCAGAGAUGGAGCUUCUAGAGAAAGCUAUCAAAGUAUUCCGUUGCUUCCUCACCUGGCCUGAGCCCUAUUGUAGUGUGUGUCGAAACCUUCUCUCUACACUCCAGCAGGAGAUCAAGGCUCCAGGGAUUUCCUUUCAGAGACUGGUGAAAGAAGAACAGGACUUGGACUCCACCAGUCAGUCUACCAAAACAAUGACGGUGCUGCUCAUGAAUCCAAGCGAGUUACCUUCUGACUUCCUCUGUGUGGCCGAGCAGCUCUGUUGCAUUCAGCACUCAGAGAAAGAAACCUACAUCACCCUGAUCAAACACGCCUUCCAGUCCACGCUCGGUACUAAGUACCCGGUCUGCAGUAUACAUGCAGCCCUGCAGGGAAAAAGUGUGGAUGAACUAGGGGAGAUCUUCACUAUGGUCAGUGGUGUCUCAGAGACAGCCGCAGCCAUGAGUGAUCCUCGGAAGGGACGCAGUCACAUGAUCCAAGAACUGGAAACACUAAGGGAAAGACUCAGCAUCUCCUCUGCCAACAGAAGAAAUUCAGAUGGGAUGCUCCAGACGUUACCAAUCCCUACAGCCAGGUGUCACAUGUUUCAAUGGGAUAAAGACAAUUUUGAUGUCCUGAAUACCCUUUUGGAGGACGAGCCCGACACUAUGACCACAAGCGGACGCACAAAGGAGGAUGAGGAUGAAGUGGACAUAGAGGAUGAUGAGGGACAUGACACCUUGUCCCUAGCAUCAGAGUCCUAUGCUCCCUCCUUCAACUCUGGAGUCGACAGUGACUUUUUUGAAGACUCGGAUGACUCCAUAAGCUCGCCAAAGUCUGCCAGGUCUCCUGCUCGGCUAAGUCAGCACUUGUACCGACUCUUGCGCAAACCCAAGAGGUCCUUGUACCGAGCCAAAAGUUUAGGGAACACAGAGACCAAAGACUUUUUGGUGGUGCGAGAGAUUCGGUCCAACUCGCUACCCCAUCAUGUGCAGUUACGUAGUCCCGAGCCCUUUUCGGGUCCACAGAAUCAGACUGUCAGACAAGUGUGCUUCAGGAGGAGGCCUAUCUUGAGCACAGAUGAGGACAGUAUGAAUACUACGCUAAGGGUGGUGGUGUUUGGGGCUGAUCAUGUUGCUGGCAAGGUGGCGCGAGCCUAUAAUAGCCUGAGACAAAAGGAGAGCGCAUGUCCAAAUCUCACCAGGGUCUUCAAGCUUCAGUUUUACUUUGUGCCCGUCAAGAGGGACUCGGCAGCAGGACAAACUGAUCUGAGCGCUCAGAGUCCAAAAGGAACCAGCCUGUUGAAUGAUAUUAGCCUGACUGGAACAGAAGACAGCACUAAUGAUAUCGCCCAUCUCCUUGGGAUGUUGGAUCCUUGGUACAAAAGAAACACUCUCAGCCUCCUGAACCUACCCACCAAUGUCGUCUGUCAGCAAACCUCAAAGACAGAGUCAGACUCAUAUGACGGUUCAUAUGAACAGCGUCUGCCUAUUCUCGCUGAUUUGGUUCUGUACUAUUGUCGUUACGCUGCACGACCAGCUCUGAUCCAGCUCUACCAAGCUGAGUUGACGUUAGCCGGCGGAGAGAGGAGGACGGAGGUGUUUGUCCAUUCCCUGGAGUUGGGUCACACUGCUGGAACCCGGGCAAUCAAGGCUAUGGGCACUGCGAGCAAACGGUUUGGUAUCGAUGGCGACCGAGAAGCUGUGCCUCUGCAGGUUGAUGUCAUGUAUAACAGGGUUGUGAUUAGUGGGAGAAGACAAUGGAAAAGAGAAACUAAAUUGUGCACUUCCAUGACCUUAACCAAAGCCUGCAAGAAUCCUGAGGAGUUAGACUCACAGUUAGAGUGCUUGCAGCUCAGCAUGACAGAGGUUCUGAAGAGGCAGAGUGGGAAAAGCAAGAAAGGCUACAACAUGCAGCUGAGUCUGACAGAGGUGAAAGUGGACAAGGUGCAGAUCAGCGGGGCUGCAGACACAACCUUUGCUGUAUGUCUGGACCAAGAUGAGAAGAAGAUACUGCAAAGUGUUGUUAGGUGUGACAUCUCUGUGUGCUCCAAACCUGAUAGCUCCUCAGACUGGAGGCAGAGACGAGCCCAAAUGUCAGCCCAAAUUCAGCCUCUGCAUCCGACCUUCUGCACCCUCCUCUGUUUGCCCAUAGUCACAUUCAGUGGAGCUCUACCUUAAGCCUUGAUGACCAGGAUGUUCUCAGAGUUGCAGGAUGUCCAUCAACAGUGAAUAUUAUUAUUAUAAGUGCAGAUUUCACCCAAAAGACGAAUAUAACUAGCUUUUUGUGAUUAAUGUAUAUAAAUCUAUUUGCAAAACAGUAGCUAUGCACUUGAAAAAACUGUGUGGUGAACAUACAGAUAUCUGAAAAUGGACACUAUGGAAACAAUGUCAAGUUAAUAUAGUGAUCAAAUAUUGUUUUGUUUGUAUGACAAUGCUCCAUGCAUGUGUUGUAUUUUUUGAUGAGUGUGUUGACAAAAUGAGGGCAUUGAGUGUAUAUAUGUAUAUGAGCAACAGAGAGCGCUGUUGUCACAACUUUACAUAAUGGCUGAGGCAAUAAUGAUCGUUUUUGUUAUGGUUUUAUUGUUUAAAUACAACUUUUUAUUUUUUUAGUUUUUUUACAUUAUGUCAGACGUGGUAGCGUUUGAUGAAACCACAUUUUGAUACACGUCCUUGUUUUUAUGUUUAUAUAUAAACCUAUUGCUGCACUUUCUGUUUAAGACUAAACAGUUUUUGCUUGUUAAUGAAAAUGUUUUGCACUGUAUAAAAUCUUCUUGGAAUGACAAACUAUAACAAUUGUUGAAAUGAAAGGUACUUAAUGAUCUCCAAAAAGUGGGAAAGUUGUUUUAGAAUUGUUUGCGAUUAAUCCACAUAAUUAAUAGUCAAAGGUCAUGUA